ACAAUUCAAUACAAUUCCUUACUUCAUGCCAAAAAGUGUCGUGGUGUGCAGUGGUGUGUAUCUUGGCGUGCUUUUUAACGUUGUUUAUGAAUAUUCUACUGAAGAAUAAUUAUUUCAAGGGAGUAGUUUUGCCGGUAUUGGUGGCAUAUUAAAGAAUAAUUUUUUUGUUUAUAUAGAAGUGUAACGUUAGAUUUGAAAAGACAUAACCUUAUUUCGUAUAACAUUUUCUUUUCUGGUCUUGGAUUACUGAAAGGCCAGUUGGCUUUUUCAUUAAUAAACCAUGGCGGAGUUUGUGGAAAAAAGAUGUGAGGAUAUGAUCCCAGAGCUCGAGCAGAUGGAGAGGAUUAAAUUAUUUGACAAGAAUGAGAUUCGUGAAAUUGCAAAGAAACGAAAAGAGUAUGAGUAUAAGAUUCAGCGCCAUACGAAAUGCAAAGAAGAUUAUUUACGUUACAUUCAAUAUGAGAUGGACCUACUUAAGCUAGUUAAACAACGCAGAGAUAAAUUUGGAAUCACCCAAAAAAAAUCCAGCAUUGAUUACGCAAUUGCGAACAAAGUAAAUCAUCUAUAUGAAGAAGCAAUUAUGAAAUUUCAGGAGGAUUUGAGAUUUUGGGUAGCAUAUAUGAAAUUUUGCAAACAUGUUCGUUUUUAUAAUUCUGUCAGCCGAAUGAUUGGCAGGAUGCUACAAAUACACCAAGACAAGCCUAAAUGUUGGUACAUAGCUGCUCGCUGGGAAUUAGAAGAAAAUAAAAAUACAGAAAAUGCCAAACAGUUUUUACUAAGAGGUCUGCAUUUUCAUCCCGAGUCUAGAUUACUCUACACAGAGAUGUUUAGAUUGGAGCUAGCGGAAGCUCCUGCUGAGGUCAAAACUGAAGAUGAUCAAAAAGAUGAGAGAAAGCAAUCCACGGAUGAUAUGCCAAUUGAGCUCAAACGAGCUUAUAUUAUAUAUCAGCAAGCCUCAAAGCAUGUUAAGGAUGUUAAAUUUGUGAUUGACUUACUAAACAUUAUGAAGGAAUAUCCAGAUACAGACAAACUACAAAACAAAAUCGUUAAUGGCCUGGUGGAAGAUUAUUCUCAUGAGCCGUUGAUGUGGGAUACUAUGGCUCGCCGUGAACUUGAAGGCUUAGUGCGUCCUUGCAGUGAAGAGAGUAAACUAGGUAUCACAAACACAGAACAAACUACGCCAAGAGAUCGGAUCAGUCUCUGCAAUGAGGUGUACCAGACUGCAAUUAAGAAGAUAAAGACUGAAGAAAUGUGGUCUCUCUAUAUUGAAUGCCUGUUAGAAAUCAAUCAAGAUAUUGGAUCCUUACCAAAUUUCAAACGGAAGUUACUGAAAACUGCUCUUAUUCAAGCUCACAAUGCAAAGAAACUGAAAGAAAAGUAUUACGUAUAUUGGAUUGGAAUGCUAAAUAAUGAUCAGAAAGAUGAAAACAGUCAGAAGAAGCUGCACGAAGUCUUAUGUUGGGCCACGGAAGCUAUACCAGAUAGCGUAAGUCUUUGGCACAUGAGACUGAAGCAUUAUUUCGCUACUGAUCAGGAAGAUUCUGCGUCGGCUGCCUUUACAGAGGCAAUCAAAAGACUUCGCGAGAAAUCUCUACCUAUCUGGAAAAUGAAGCUUUUAUACGUACAGGCAAAAGACCCGGAAAAAACUGAGGAAGUUUUUAAAGCAGCUUUGCAAGCAGAACCUGCUAUUGCGAAAGACUUUAAACCAAAAUAUAUUGAAUGGCUUGUUCUAACAAAGAACAUUCAAAUGGCUCGGAAAGUCUACAAGGCCCUCUGCAUGGAACCACCUUUUGGUUUGGAGCUGCAUAAAAAAAUGGAAAACUUAGAACUCAUGCAGCCAGAAAUCAUUCUGAAGCAUGCAAGGAAACCUUAUGAGAUGGCUAUUUUACAUUUCGGUAAUAAUAAUGUCAAUGUUUGGAUCGAUUAUAUUACGUUUGAGAUGAAACACAGUGAUCCAAAGAAUGUUGCAGACUUACACAGCAGAGCUGUUAAAACCUUAGAUUCUACAUUAGUAGAUACAUUCAUUUCGAAGUUCAGUUUGCUCAAAACUGAUUCUGACUCGAUAGGUGCUACGACAUAGAAUGUAUUUUUCAUACCACAGUACAUUUGUGAGAUCCCUUAUACAUAUUUGUAAAUACAUGGAUUCUGUAUGUAUAACGUAAACCAUGAGUUAAAAAGCAGCAAACAUAAAAAUGUCAUACUAGACAUGGUUAGGAUCCAUCAAAUAUUAAGGAAUAUCAGAUUAAACGUAAUAUUAUAAAAUUCAAAUGGUAUGAAUUUAUUACUACAUAAGAUAGCAAAUAUCAAAGUGAUAUACAAUUAAAAUAAAAAAUAUUCCUAUCAAA